CCCGCCCUCCGCGGUUUCCAGGGCGCAGGCUCGCGUCUAGGCGGGUGUCCGGAACUGGGCCGUAGCCCUCCGCAUCCCUCCCUCGCGGGCUGCUUCGCCUUCGCCCUCGGCCUCGCCGCACCUUCCCGCCCCGGACGGACCGGGUCCUGGCCGAGGAUCUUAUGACUGUUUUAGUCAUUGAUUAUCUUAACAAGCAUGGAGAUAAGAUUAGAAGUUUUGACAUCAACAAGUAUCAAGCAGAAAAAACCCUGGCCGCGAAUCUCCUGGUUAGGACAGGAAAAUGAAGCUGUUUUUCUUUUGGAUGACAAAUUCAUAAAUGAAAUCAAUUUGCUAUCAGGAAGGACGAAGAAGAAAAUUCCAAGCCUGCAGCCUUUGUUGAAGGAUGUUAUUGUCUUAACAACAUCCAGUAAUGAUGCCUGGCUGGCUGGUGUACUCACAACAGGGGAGCUUUUCCUUUGGAACAAAGAUCAAGAUUGUUUGAAAACUAUACAGGCAACUGAAAAGCCUAAGGAGAUGAUUAAAGCUGCAGUAGCAAGCUCUUUAAGGCUAUACUUGUAUGUAUCUGGAAAUGGGAAAAGAAUUCUGCUUUUAGCUACUUCUGGAUGUAUAUUUCUUUGGGAAUAUUUGGAAUUCAAGAAUAUCUUAUGUUCUAAAAGCCGUUCAUUAGUGGGCCAGUGGUCCCAGAUCAUGCCUGAAGAAGCAGUUUAUUUGCCUUCCACUGAAGAUAAAGAAGCUGUAGUGCAUGCUGUUUUUAUAAAAAAUGAGUUAUUUGGAGACUGCUGCUUGUGCUCAUUUACCUUUUAUUCUGGGGAAUUCCUGAAGUUAGCAUUUCUAGCAAUUCGGUGGCAUGAGAAUGUAUGUAUACCUAGAAGAUCACUGCAAUACCAUGUUCAUUGGGCACAACAGGACUGCCUUCUGUGCAGUCUAAUUCCUAAAUGUGAGUCCAUAAAAUCAAGAGGAGCUCUGAUUUCUGCCUUUUCACGAGAUGGCCUUACCUUGGCAGUGACUCUUAAUCAGAAAGACCCAAAGGCAACUCAGAUAUUACUAAUUAACACACGGAAUUUUGUUACUCUCUGUGGUAGCCUUAAAGGAUGUAGUAAUAAGAAUCCUUUCGUUCCAGCUACACUUAUCAGGUCCUACUGGGUGGGUGAUAUCAGCUGGACUCAUGAUAGUCUUUUUCUGGCUUGUGUGUUAAAGCGUGGCUCCCUGGUUUUAUUGACAUGCCAAGGUGUAUUGCUAACAUUGAUUACAUUUGGUUGCUCUAUAGAAUUUGGGCCAGCAGAAUUUAUUCCUCUUCACCCACUAAUAACAUAUAGACCACAGCAGUUUACAUUGCAAGAUUCAAAUAAUCCUGUAGAUUCAUCAGCUUCUGAUAGAGAUCCUAUGAGACAAAGAUUUUCUAUAAAAGCACACUCACGGUUACCCUACCUCAUUAUUUCUGAUGGAUACAUGAUCACAACCCUUCGAUUGCUUGAUAACCUGUCUCCUUUAGUAUUCAUGAGAUCCCUGCUACUUGAUUCAACCCAGAGGCUUGAGAAAAUAUACCAAAGUGUGAUAUUGUCUAAGCCAAAAUACAAAGGAUUGAACUUGCAGUCACUGGAUUCUCUAAGGUCUAGUCUGUUAAAACACCAAGGAAAUCAAAGUUCAACUGAUUCUACUGUCCCCAGGUUCUUGCAGUCAGAAGAAACAAUGAAGUUAAAUGGAAAAAUAGUAGACUUUCAGGAUUUUGAAGCAGAAGAAACUAAUGAAGGAAAACACUUUUCAAACAACUUACUCUCUUUUUGGAACCAAAAAAAUGAUCAAUUGUUUAGUAGUGCUACAGAGGGAAAAUUGGAAUUUGCUUCCAUGUUUGAUACAAUACAUGCAAAGGAUAAUACCGAGGAGACAGAUAGAACUAUUACAGAACUGGAUUAUGUCCAGAAAAAUCUCCUUGCAGCAUGGACUAUAGGAAUUUCAAAAAAAGUAACAGAAAGAAGUUCAAUGUUAAAUUACACAGUGGUUUGUAUCACUCAUUUUUUCUACAUUCUUCAGUUUAUAAAAUGUCCCUUUCCCAAACUUGAUCCUUUUUUAAUCAAAAGCCCAAGAUAUAAUACAUGGGUACUUUGUAUCUUUCAACUUUUUCAUCAGUGUUUAUCAAUUCAGUAUUGGGAUAUGGGAUACAAACAAGAUAUGGGACAUUUGGUAAAGCUGACAUCAAAUACAAUAAAGCUUUUGCUGACUCAGCAACAACAGGGUCAGUUAUUCUCAGAGAAGCUUUUAGCCUGUUUUCAUUUACUCAGAAUGGUAGCUGAUAAUUUAAAUGACAUAUACAAUCUUCAGCCUGAAGUUAUUUCUGCAUCAGUUGAUGGAAGUAGAACAGCAAAUCAAGACUCAUUGGUGAUACCCAUUUUUCAAAUGUUUCAAGAUAGUGGUUCUCAGGAAGACUCUUCUUGGAACUCAUCUUUCAUGAUUCAUCCUCAAGCAGUAAAUCUUGUUCAACAGCCAGGACACAGAUUGAUUGUUCUCUGGAGAGUAUUGUACAAAAAAACUUUAUGGUAUCAAAUGCAGUUGGGCCGAAGAGUUCCUGAAGGUGAUAGACAGUUAACUGAAAAGAUGACUCAUGAAGCAUCUACUGUCCAGUCCCUGUUAUGUCAUAUACAAGCUAGCUUACAGACUGCUGGAGUUCAAUUGAACCAAACCUUAGAACUUAAAUCCACCAAUGGUGAGGAGUAUUUCCUGUUAGGAUCAUAUGAAAAAUCUGUUCAUUUGUGGAAGAAAGCUCUACAAGAAAUCCAAGACAAAGGAGGAAGAAGGACAUGUUUUCUUCAGACACGUUUUUAUCUUUCUCUUUUAUACUGCCACCUCUAUAACUAUAAUUUAAAUGAUGCUCAGGGCUUAUGUGAUCAGCUAGUAAGAGAAGUACUGAGAUGCUCCCACCUACCUGUAAAAGAAAAUGAAGAUUGUUCAGUUCUCGAGAAGUCUCACUGUGAGUUUGGAAUGACUGGAAAUGUUCAUCCUGAGGCAGCAGUGAGGGUUAUCCAGUCUAUGGCUCGAUUCAUGGCCGCCUACUUCGCCAAUCAACUGCUUUACAUAUUACCACCUCACAAUGUGAAUGUUCUUCCUCCUCUUCACUUUAAAACAGUCACAGAACAGUCCAUUCGGCUUAUUCCUCUACAACACUCUAAGGUGUCCAGUGUUGUUCGAGAUCAGAAUCUGUGUACUGUGUGGACAGUUGAAUAUGCCUUUGAACUAUUACUUAUUGGUGGCCUCAUUCCAGAGGCUGUAUGGUUGGCAUAUAAACUUGGAGACUGGAAGACAUCUGUUUCAAUUGGUGUGGCCUUCCAACUGUUCUGUAAACAUGACAGCAGUUUUACAAGGUCUAAGAAAAAGGGUAUGAAUCUACCAUUAAAUAUGACUCCAGCAGAGAUUUUCCAGGAAAAACUGCAGUGUUUUUUAGGUCAGCCAGCCUCUUUGGAAGCAAAAAAUGAAAUGGGCUCAAAAUACAAACAAUUUACAGAUCCCAUUGAAGAGGAAGAUGCAAAUCUACUAUUUGGUUCAGUGCAAGAAGUCCUGAAAGCCGCAGUAAUGGCUGAUGCAGAUAUUCUUUCAGAGACAUUUCAGCUUCUGGUUAACUCUGCCAAGGACUUCAGUAAGAGACUGUGGGGCUUGGUGCCAGUCAGCCUGUAUCUUCCAGCUCCUCCAUUAUAUUGUCCUCAGCCAGCUGUUCUUAGUGAAGAAGAUGGUGAUGAUCUUCUUUUAAAAGCUGAAAAAGAUUAUCGCCAAAAGGUUUCUGGAAUCCUUCAACGUGUUCUCUUGCUUUUCCGGGCAGCUCGGUGUUCUUUUCCUGUAGCACAGUGGUACAUUUUGCAGUUGAGAUGGGCAAGAAAAGUUAUGCAAAAGAUUCGAAUGAAAGGGUCCCUUCCUUCAUUGAGUCCUUUCCCUGAGUCAUUACUUAGUUAUUGUAAAGGACGUGUAACAUUCUUUGGAGCUGGAGCCACUGGAGACCGCAAGCUUGAUGAAGUUUCCAUUAAAGCAAUAGGUUGCUUCAGAGAACUUUGUGCUUUGUGUUGGAUGCUGCAUAUCCGUGAUAAGUUAUCCUAUAGUUGCAGGCAAUAUCAGAAAGCAAGAGAAAAUGUGGAGGGGAAAAAGGACCUGAAAGUGGAGUUUGAUUCUUGUGUGGUUGAACACUGUCUUAGUGCCGUGGAAUGGGCUUAUAGAAUGCUACCCUUCUGUCGGUUUUCUAAUAUUGAAGAACUUAUUCAGGAUCUAAUUUUGAGUCUUAUUGGAGAGCUGCCACCAAUCAGAAAGGUAGCAGAAAUUUUUGUGAAAGCAUUUCCCAAUCCUGAUGACAUAAGGGUUCCUUUAAGAGAAAAAUAUCACUCUCUUCAACAGAGGCUCAGACACUGUGUUGUGAAAGGUCCCCAAACUGAGGAAAUGAUGUCUGUUGUCAUGCAUUCUAUCCAUAAAGUGAGAGUGAAAGCCCUAAAACGUGUGCAGAGAAAUAUAGGUUCUUUUGAGAUGAAUAUAUGGGAACCUAUUGAAGAAGAAAAACCAGCUGAGGUUCCAGGUUUUGACAGGUUUUCCCUGGGGACUAGUUUGAGCCAGAGCACACUCACAGAACUGGGGAAUUCUCUGGUCCACAGUGAUGCAGGUGCAGCAGAUAUCUUCUCUGAAGCUUUGUCAGUUGAAGAGAAAAAUAGGAUACAUUCCUAUCAAAGGAAUGUCCCAAAUCACAUGGAAUUAACAUUGAUUGGUAAGACCAAUGAAAACAAGAAAACAUGUAAUCACAAAGAAAACCCUAAAAGAAAAGACGACCAUGAAAAGUUAAUACAAAAUGCACUUCCUGUGAUAGGUGUUUGGGAAUUUGAACGUGAUGAUGAUGAAUAUAUUAAAUUCCUUGAUCUCUUCUUGAGUUAUAUUCUUGAAAGAGACCUACUUGGUUCCAAGGAUCCUGGCAUUCCAUUUCUAACCAGUUUUUCGGGACAUCUUAGAGAACAUGAACUUAAUUCUUUAAUUUUUGAUGUACAUACAACAUUGAAACGACGUCAGAGCAAAACCAAAAGCCAGAAUGUGUUUAGGGCCGGUUCCUGCUUUGUUGUUGCUCCUGAGUCAUAUUAUUCUGAAAAAUCAGAAAGCCAGGCAGUUUCAGCUUCAGUACUGGUUAAUCAAGGGGUCAGUUCUUUUUUAGAGAACCCUUUGAAUAAAGUCAAUAAAAAUGAAGGGAAGAGUGGAUUGUUCGGUUUAAAACAAAAGUCAAUUUACAGAAUGCAGUAUGACAUUGCAGCAGAGAAACCGGUAAUCCAGAAAUUGUCGAACCAUGUUUUCUGGACUCCUAAGUCCAUUAAAACUAAAAGAUGUAUUUUCAAAGCAAUUCAGUGCAAUGAUGUUAAUUCCCAAGAAGAUCUUCCUUUAGUACUAAGUAACACAUUUGGCAGUAUAAGAAGGCUGCUGGAAUGGUUGAUAAGAUGGUCUGAUAGAAGACUGCUCUGUGAUCCUGGUCUCACUGAGUCAUCCUGUGAGUACAGUCCUGUCAUUCGUGUAAAGACCUCAACAGCUGCUGUCCUUACAUCAUUGUGGCUUUUGGAACAGCCCUAUUUUACAACAUAUAAGGCAAAAAAUGCCAUUAUUAAGGUGCUACAGAAUGAGUACACUGGGUCUCAGAGUGGACCCAAUAUUGAGCAUGACUGCAAAACAGGUGCCUGCUGUUCAGUUGUAGUAGCCAAUCAAGGUGGGAUUGAUGGAAGAAAUGAUCAAAGUGAAUCUUGUCAAAGUAUGUUGAAAAAGCCAACUGAAGCAAAAAAUCCUGAAGUGAAAGAAACCAAUGAUGAUAUUAUUACUGUCACUGAUGAUAUUAAAAAAGAAUUUAUGGAUAUUGAUGAGAAUCUUUUAGAAGUAGAAACAUUUACACAGGAGAAAAUGGAUAUAUACUUAUCAGACUAUGAAGAAGAUGCCAAAGAACCUGCUGGAAGUCUCAAAAGUCCUAACAUUGCCAUUUACAUGCAGGCUUUACCACAGCAUUUAGAACAUUCAUCAGAAGAGGUUCAUUGUCCAAGGGAAGAACCAUUAGAGACAUAUAUGGAGAAAAAAUCAACUGAACAGGAAGGUAUGAUUGAAGCCCUUUCAAAUCCUGAACACACCAUUCCUCAUUCAUUUUCUGCAGAUACAAGUUCAGAAAUGUCUAGUGCACACAUCUCUGCAUGUAAAGGUAAAUCUUCCUCAGAACCACCUUUACUAUCAAGUGGAGUCAAAGUUGCUUCACAAAUACCUGUGCCAGCACCUCAGCAGACCCGGAAAAAUCAACACACAGCUCAAUUACCAGAUUCUUCUGAUUCUGUUAGGCAGCUGCUUCAAGAUGAAAUGUUUAAGUUAGUUCAGCUGCAACAGAUCAACUUCAUGAGCCUAAUGCAAAUCGUAGGAUCAUCUUUUGCUAACCUCCCAGAUAUACAUGAGCUUCUACAGCAAUCUCAGCCUGUGCGUUUGGUGGGAAGCCAGGUAUCAAACCCCACAAGAGGCAGUAGUGAUGUUGAAGACACCAGUAGAAAUCUAAAGGAGAGAGUUUUUAUUAAACCACAAUCCAUGGGAGAGUCUACCAGAGAGCCUGGCAAGAACAGCCCACACUGCCAGAAAGGCAUUGUGCAGUCUGAUCAAGAUAGGAAUGGAAAUUUACAGGAUGUUUCACAUGGGAGUAUUCCUUUAUGUCAAUUAGAACGCCAACCCCAGAAGAGAGGACUAACUUCAGAAUCUCAAAGCGUACCAACCAAUUCACUGUCUCCAGCUUCUUCUGGAAAUACUCAUCCCCACCUUUUGUCCACAUCAUCUGCCAUUCCGAAGACACCUAGACUUAUCCCAGCUGUAAAAACUUUCAGACCUGGUGAUGGUUUUCCUUUGCUUCAAUUUCAGCCUAAGAGUGAAUUUAAGCCCCUUUUCUUCCAUACAGGAAGAGUUCCUCAGGUUCCCUUUAGGCCUCUGCCACGUCCAAGAGGGGCUUGGGGAUCUGAGUUCUCCCAACCUCCUUUGCCACUGAGAGAAAUGCAUAGUACUUCAAUGUCCCAUUUGAAUUUGAGCCAGUAUAAUACUGAAUCCAUAAAAAAAUCAGUUGAGCAGAAGAAAUGGGCAGAAACUGUAAUUACAGAAAUCCCUAAGCAUUUGAACUUGGAUCAGUAUGUUGGACAAGAAAACCUGACACGUCAACAAGACUCUUCAAUAUUUAUGAAACCAGAAAAACCAUUGAAUGUUAAGCUAGGGCCCCUUGGGAUAUUUCCUCAGAAUUCCUUUGGAUUUCCAUUACUGCACCUGCAACUUAAAUCUCCUUAUAUGUUUUCGUCUACCUCAAGAGCAUCAGUUACAGUUCCUUCAGUACCUAUCAGAACUGUAACAGAAGAAAGUAAAUACCCGGGACCAUCAUUACUUAAUUCAUGUAUAGCCUCAGAAAAUAUGUACAAAAAGCCACAACUUGUUCCAUUUGAAAACCUCAUUGCAUUUAAACAAAGCCAAGAGAAAGUAACACAUAAUUUAUUUGAUCAAGGUGAUUCUGGACACUUUCAGUCUCUAAAGGUCAAAAUAGAACCAUCUGAAGUGAGACAAGAAAAGGACAAUAAAAAAAGGCAAAGACGACGAGCAGAGAAAGAGCUGAAAGAAAAAGGAUUAGAGAAACUAAGGAGAAAACCAAGUGUGACAUUCCAAGCAGAGGAUUCCAUCAUUAAUGAUAAUGAUUCAGGAAUAGUUACAAAACCCAAGGAGCAACAAGAACAUCAUGGUUUCCAGCCUUUGGAUGACUUUGACAUUCCUUUGGAAAUGCUACAAGAAGAUGUUAACACUUCAGCUGGAUUGCAUUUCAUGGCCUCUGUAAGAAAGAAAGCUAUAGAAUGUCAGGAUGCAAGUACAAAUACAGACCCAGACCCAGAUAAAGAAUCUGCUUCUCAGGAAGUUGUUUCUGAAUGCUGUAAAAAUCAACAAAUCAUUUCUUUCACAUCAGAACAUGAGUCUUUUAAUGUUCCUCAGCUAUUGAGUCCAAAUGUAUAUCUAAAUCUCAAACUUUCCACUGAAGUAUCAGAGAAACCUUUGUCACCUUCAGCAUCUGAUAUGGUAGGACACAAUUACAUAAAUGUGAUAGACAUUGAAGCUGAUAACCUACAGGAAUUACCUGUCAGAAAAGAGCCUUCAGAUGAUGAUAUCAAACAGCAAAAUGAUCAUCUAGAAGUCCCAUCUUCUGCAGAGUUACAUUAUAUGGCAGCUUCAGUUACUAAUGCUGUUCCCCUGCACAAUUUUAAGAGUGAAGAAUCUACCAAUUCUGCAAUGGAUUUAUUUUUCAAACCUGCAAAAGUGUCUCCUUCCUGUCUGGAUGGAGGAAGCUGGACAGAAGGCAUUACAGAAGUGAAGGGGCCUGGUAUCACCUCACCUAAGCCAUCAGACAUACAACAGGAAAAAGGUAUACCAAAGCCAGACUUUCGAUUCAAAGAACAGAACUUAAAGUCAGAUGCUGCAGAAGAUUAUCUGCUGUGGGAACUACUGGAGGCUGUUCCUGCCCCUCGUCCCACACGGAGGUCUUCCGCUCGCCGACUAGAGCAUUUCACCUCUAAGCUUCAGCAAUUUGAUGAACAGCUGUUAGCAAUACAGACCAUUGCUGAAAACAUAGAGCAGGAUCUCCCCAGACACGAAAUACUAGACCAACAUUGUGAUAAGCUUGAACCUGUGGGUCACAUUGAAUUGUCUUCUGAAAAUAUGGAAAAAACCUUGGCUUCAAAAACCGUUAGCAUUUCUGAAGUGCAUUUCCUGUCUCAUGUGGAUAAGGAAGAUCAGAAUGAAAAAGAAGAGACUUCAGAAGCUGAAUUUUCAGUAACAGAAACUCACUGUAGUCAGAAAACCAGGGUGUUCCCUUCUGCUGAUUCAGCUGUCAGCUUUUUCAGUGAACAGAAUACGACUUCUCCUGAUGUGAAUAAAAGUGAUGAGUUAUUUGAGAGUGUUUCAGUAGAUCCACUCCAGAUGACUGGAUUAACGGAUAUAGCAGAUAUUAUUGAUGACCUUAUAACAAAAGAUGGAGUUUCCAGUGAAGAGCUUGGCUUAACAGAACAACAAGCUCGGAGUAUCUCCAGGAUUCAGCCUUCUUCUGGUAGACGUCCACAGAGAACUGAGGAGGAGAGAAGAGAGAUUCAAGUCUGGAUGAAAAGAAAACGAAGAGAAAGAAUGGCAGACUACUUAAAUCAGCUGGCAGAAAAGAGAGGGCAAGAACAUGAUCCUUUUUGCCCCAUGAACAAUCCGUUUUACUUGACUUCAAGGGAAAUUAGGCUCAGACAAAAGAUGAAGCAUGAAAAAGACAGAUUAGUACUCUCUGACCACUAUCGUCGUCGAAUCUCACAAGCAUACAGUCUGAUGAAUGAACUGUUAUCUGAGUCAGUACAACUACCAGCACCUGCAUGGAAACCACUGCCUAACAAACCCAGAACUUCUCCGAUUUCCAGACAACACUGCCCACUUCCUCCAAGAGGAGAGAAUCGGCGUGGUCAUCACAAUUUUCCAAUAAAUCAACCUGGAAAAGUCAAAUGUAUAUGCACACCAAGUCAUACCCCAAAGGGGAAACCUUUCGGGCAUCCUCAAGGCCCUUUGUGGCCACAUGGAAUAGCCACUUUUACCAAACAGAAAAAAGCUUGUGGAGCAAAAAUGGCCGUAAAAGAGGCAGUGCCAUCUCCGAUUAUCUUCCCAAAAGGCUAUACUCCGUGUUGUGGUCUACAGCCUGCGAAGAGCUGUGGCCAUGCUGUGUGUGCCCCUGAGACCACGCAGGUGUGCAUGGACCACGAGAGUGAGGAGACUGCGGGAAGUCCCUGGGUGCUGCCGUCAGCCAGCCGAAAGGGUCUUCAUGAGAACCACAGUUCCCUUCUACAAGACUUGUCACCAAGUGAAGAGCUAGAGCCUUUUGGGGGACAUGGCACGGCCAGCAUGUCUGAGAGCACCGGCAGCAUCCUCAGCAAGCUUGACUGGACUGCCAUUGAAGACAUGGUGGCCAGCGUGGAGGACAGGAGCCUGUCUGUGCACUGGGCCCUAGACCUGUAAAACCCAGAUACCAUUCUGUUUCCGGGCAAAGGCCAGCACCUCAGUGAUGUAGUUCUGAAAUAUUUGUGUGUUUAAGGGAGAGAGACAAUGAAGGAAGUGGAUAUGAAUUUACCACCUGCAGCCAUAGUUUACCUGGAUUGGCCAUUUCAAGAGGAAAAAUAAACAUUUUUCAGUAAUUAUGCCUUCAUUGGGAAAGGGUUGUUUAUAGAUAAUGUUUUUGCAUUUGACUUACCUUUAGGCAUAAUUUUUUAAAUGAAGAAAUGAAAAGUAACUUUCAAGCCAGGUUUGCAAAAUAUUUAAACUAUUUUCAAUAAAAAUCUUUUAUCUUGUCUCCUC